AGGCGAGCUAGAUUGUGGGUAGAGGGUCCUUUGCUGUGUGGCAUGUUAUCUCGUGUUUGCUGCUAGGUGGAGCCCGAGUAUACGGCGAGAGCGGCAAUCCACAUCCGAGUUUUGCCUCUCACCUUUCACUGGCUCUCCGAACCCCUCGCUCUCCGUACAGAAUCACUCGCAGCCAGUGCGCACAAUUGGGUUUGUCAUUGUCGCGGAGAGCUCAGUGUUUGGACCAGAACAACUUCGAUUCGUCCUCACCCACCCGCGGAGCUUUUCCACACAAGAUUCGCCCCCCCCCCCCCCCCUCCUUUUUAAAAAAAAUCUUCUGGAUACUCUUUUUUUUGUGUGUGUGUGUGUGUGUGUUUGUGUGCGUGAGUGGCGAAGGCUGCUGGCGUUUCGCCUCUCAGCUGUAUGGGACGUGAUGUAGCCCCCGCACAGGAGGACGCCUCGUGCCAUAAAGGGAUGUAAGGCACCGCACCGAGGAUACAACACGAGGAGGACCUGCCGCCUCAUCACCAGGACUCGGGAUUCUGGACGCACGGCGUUUUUGGCGAGGAUAUUGAACGCGGCGAAAGGAGACAACUGUUUUGGAUUGGUUGUUUUUGUCGCCUCGACCCUUUCAUUAACUCCACUCCUCACGCGCGCGCAGCGAGUAAGGACGGUGCCCGGCGGCUGAAAGACAGUUGCGAGAGAGAUCGCACUCUGAAUGGAACGGACGCGACGUACGUGCUUGCCUCUCACCGGUGAGUUCUAGAUCCGCGGACGGACCGUGGUUUCAUUAUCUGGCAUGUGACAAGCUGGAUCUGUGAGGAGAACACCGGAGAAUCUCUCCCCCUCUCACGCACAGGUUUUGGAAGGCAUCUGGCACCAGUGCAACAGGACCUGUGGUCUUGUGGGAAGACUGUCGCAGUGGAGGGAACCGUGUCAUAAAGGAAGCACCCGAUUCGGGCACUUGCCACAAAAAGACUGAGCACUGAACUCAACUGUGAAUUUCAGCAGGGGGCGGUAAGAGGAGGAGGCCAUGUGGACCGCACGCCUGCUAGUUCUCGCCAGCCUCUUUGCACCAGCCGCUCUGGCUUUCAGUCGAGCACCCAUCCCCAUGGCAGUGGUAAGGAGGGAGCUGUCCUGCGAGAGUUACCCCAUCGAGCUGCGCUGCCCAGGUACCGAUGUCAUCAUGAUUGAGAGCGCCAACUACGGUCGCACUGAUGAUAAGAUCUGUGACGCGGACCCAGCACAGAUGGAGAACACAAGAUGUUACCUACCGGAUGCCUACAAGAUCAUGUCACAAAGAUGUAAUAACCGGACGCAGUGUGCUGUCGUGGCUGGACCAGACGUAUUCCCUGACCCUUGUCCCGGGACCUACAAAUAUCUCGAAGUCCAAUAUGAAUGUGUCCCUUACAAAGUGGAACAAAAAGGAUCCUCAGUAUUCCUGUGCCCAGGGCUUCUGCGCAGGGUGUACCAGAGCGAGCACCUCUUUGAAUCGGACCACCAGUCCGGGGCCUGGUGCAAAGACCCUCUCCAGGCCUCUGAUAAGAUCUACUACAUGCCAUGGACACCCUAUCGCACAGAUACAUUGACUGAAUACUCUUCCAAAGAAGACUUCAUUGCAGGAAGGCCGACUACAACCUACAAGCUCCCACAUCGUGUUGAUGGAACUGGCUUUGUGGUGUAUGAUGGGGCGCUCUUUUUCAACAAGGAGCGCACACGCAAUAUUGUCAAGUUUGACCUGCGGACUCGAAUCAAGAGCGGUGAGGCCAUUAUCGCCAAUGCCAACUACCAUGACACGUCUCCAUACCGCUGGGGAGGGAAAUCGGACAUCGACUUGGCUGUUGAUGAAAAUGGCCUUUGGGUGAUCUAUGCCACUGAGCAGAACAACGGGCGAAUCGUCAUCAGCCAGCUCAACCCCUACACACUGCGUGUUGAGGGGACCUGGGACACGGCUUACGACAAGCGUUCAGCGUCCAACGCCUUCAUGAUUUGUGGAAUCCUCUAUGUAGUGAAGUCAGUGUAUGAGGAUGAUGACAAUGAAGCAACAGGCAACAAAAUAGACUACAUCUACAAUACAGAGCUAAGUAAAGAUGGGUUUCUUGACAUCCCUUUCCCCAACUCCUAUCAGUACAUUGCUGCUGUGGAUUAUAAUCCCAGAGACAACCUGCUGUAUGUUUGGAACAAUUACCAUGUGGUGAAGUACUCUCUGGACUUUGGAGCAUUGGACAACAGACUCGAAACAUCCUCCUCUGUGAUAGUGUACAUGGACACCACGACCACAACGGCUAGGACCACCGCUCGGCCUACCACCAUUACCAUGACAACCACAGCAGCCAGGACUACCGCCCCCAGGACGCCUGCCACAACAGCUGCAGUUGCGCAGCGGCCACGGUCCACGACGACAGUGGUCGCCCCGGUCCAGACGCCGGUCGAGGGUUUGGUCCCAGAAGACGACGACAGAGCGCCGCCUUCCUCCAAGCUUCCCAACAUCCGGGUGGAGUACUGCAAUCCCCUGGUGAUGAUGGACAUCUCCUGGCCCAAGACCAAGCAGGGCGUAGUGGCCAAGAUGCUCUGUCCACCUGGAACCAUAGGCAUGGCCUCAUACAUGUGCGUGGGUCCAGAGGGAUACUGGGACCCCCAGGGACCCGACUUCAGCAACUGUACCUCCCCGUGGGUCAACGUCAUCAGCCAGAAGUUAAAGGCUGGGGAGACAGCUGCAGUCAUUGCCAGGGAGUUGGCGGAGCAAACUAAGAGCAAUCUCCAGGCGGGGGACAUCACCUACACAGUGAAGGCCAUGGUUCAGCUGGUGGAUCUCCUCGACGUGCAGCUGAGGAACCUCACGCCAGGCGGCAAAGACAGCGCCGCCCGGAGCCUCAACAAGCUGCAGAAAAGAGAGCGCUCUUGCCGGUUUUAUGUUCAGGCCAUGGUGGAGACGGUCAACAAUUUGCUGCAACCACAGGCCCAGGCGGCGUGGAGGGAGCUGAGCACAGGCGAGCAGCUGCGGGCCGCCACCAUGCUGCUGGACACGGUGGAGCAAGGGGCCUUUGUCCUCGCCGACAACCUGCUGAAGACGGAUAUUGUCCAAGAGAACACAGACAACAUCCAGCUGGAGGUGGCCAGGAUGAGCACGGAUGGGCAUUUGCUUGAUCUGAAGUUCCCACAAACUGGAGGACAAGGCAACUCUAUCCACCUCUCUGCCAACACGCUGAAGCAGCAUGGACGAAACGGUGAGAUCCGGAUCGCCUUCGUCCUGUACAAACACAUCGGGGUUUACCUCUCGACGGAGAACGCCAGCAUGAAGUUGGGAAGUGAAGCCAUGGCUACCAACUACUCUGUCAUCGUCAACUCACCGGUUAUCACGGCUGCCAUCAACAAGGACUCUAACAAAGUCUACCUCUCCGACCCGGUCAUUUUCACCAUCAGACAUCUCCAGCAAUCAAAGGAGAACUUCAACCCUAACUGUUCAUUCUGGAGUUACUCCAAGAGGACAAUGACUGGUUACUGGUCGACGCAGGACUGCCGUUUGCUCGGCACCAACAGGACACACACCACAUGCUCCUGCACCCAUCUGACCAAUUUUGCUGUUCUCAUGGCUCACGUGGAUGUCAAGCACACAGACCCUGUUCACGACAUGCUCCUGGAUGUCAUUACCUGGGUCGGGAUCCUCCUGUCCCUGGUCUGCCUGCUCAUCAGCCUCUUCACCUUCUGCUUUUUCCGCGGCCUCCAGAGCGAUCGCAACACCAUCCACAAGAACCUGUGCAUCAGCCUGUUCAUUGCUGAGUCCCUGUUCCUGGUGGGCAUCAAUCGGGGUGACCAGCCGAUUGCUUGUGCCGUCUUCGCCGCGCUGCUCCACUUCUUCUUCCUGGCAGCGUUCACAUGGAUGUUCCUGGAGGGCGUGCAGCUCUACAUCAUGCUGGUGGAGGUGUUCGAGAGUGAGCACUCGCGCCGCCGCUACUUCUACCUGGUGGGCUACGGAGUUCCUGCGCUCAUCGUGGCCGUUUCAGCCGCGGUGGACUACCGCAGCUACGGCACAGACCGAGUUUGCUGGCUUCGCCUGGACACCUACUUCAUUUGGAGUUUCAUAGGACCAGCAACCUUGAUAAUUAUGCUGAACGUUAUCUUCCUGGGCAUCGCUCUCUACAAGAUGUUCCAUCAUACGGCCAUCUUGAAACCAGACUCCGGUUGCCUGGACAACAUCAAAUCGUGGGUGAUUGGGGCCAUUGCCUUGCUCUGUCUGCUGGGCCUGACCUGGGCCUUUGGCCUGAUGUAUGUGAACGAGAGCACGGUGGUCAUGGCCUACCUGUUCACCAUCUUCAACUCCCUGCAAGGGAUGUUCAUCUUCAUCUUCCACUGUGUCCUGCAGAAAAAGGUGCGUAAGGAGUAUGGAAAAUGCCUGCGUACUCACUGCUGCAGUGCCAAAAGUGUGGACAGUUCCAUUGGCUCUGGAAAAGGCACAGCUUCUCGUGCUCCAGGACGAUACUCUACAGGGUCACAGAGUCGCAUCCGUCGGAUGUGGAAUGACACCGUCAGAAAACAGUCCGAGUCCUCUUUCAUGACCGGCGACAUCAACAGCUCUGCAUCACUUAACAGAGGGGCUAUGGCUAACCAUCUUAUACCAAACGCACUCCUACGUCCUCAUGGCACUAACAAUCCCUAUAAUACAUUGCUUGGGGAAUCGGCAGUCUAUAACAACCCUCUGGGCAUGUACAACACACAAGAGCCCUACAGAGAGACAAAGGGAAUCCUGAACAAUGCCCGGGAUACAAGUGUCAUGGAUACUCUACCACUGAAUGGUAACCAUGGCAACAGCUACAGCAUCGCCAGUGCCGAGUACAUGAGUGACUGCGUCCAGAUCAUUGACCGGGGCUAUAACCACAAGGAGACCACCCUGGAAAAGAAGAUCCUAAAAGAGCUCACCUCCAAUUACAUCCCCUCCUACCUCAACAAUUCCCACGAACGCUCAGCGGAGCAGAACCGGAACCUCAUGAAUAAGCUGGUCAAUAAUGUUAGCAAUGGUGGCAAGGACAGCGGCUACGGGAUGGGAAUGGGGAUGGGCUUGAAUGUGGCGCUGAGCCUGGACGACCACUCAACCUUCGGUCCGCACAAUGACGAAGGCCUGGGCCUGGAGUUAAUCCGCGAGGAGUCCAACGCCCCACUGUUGCCUCAAAGACCGCCCCCCUCCCUGCAGGCAGUGGACAAUCUUCAUAGUCACCUCCACCCAUCAGCGCCGCCAACCCUGCCGCUGGCCCACCACCCCCUCUCGUCCGCCACCGCUUCCUCGUCGUCUCGAAGGAGGAUCCCCCAGGAGAACAGCGAUAGUUUCUUCCCCUUGCUGACUAACGAGCACACCGAGGAUGAGGGCUCGUCGCCCACCCGCCAUCACCAGAGAGACUCCCUCUACACCAGCAUGCCCAUGCUGCCCGGCCUACCUGAUGUGUCUGCGCAGUCUGCUGACGGCUCCAAAGACCCCGGGGAUGCCAAGAGCCCCGAGGCUAGCUCGGACGACGUUUACUACAAGAGCAUGCCCAACUUGGGCUCACGUAACCACCUGCAUCAGCUGCACUCCUACUACCAGCUAGGGCGGGGCAGCAGUGAUGGCUUCAUUGUGCCCCCAAACAAAGAGGAUCUAUCUCCAGAAGAGGCCCACCUGGAGCCCUCGCACCUGGUCACCAGCCUAUAGGCCCCAACACCCUCCUAAUAAUGUCCCUCCUAUUACCGUAGUCCUCCUCUCCCCCACGUCCUCUUGUUCCAUCAGUCGUUGGCAGUGGUAGCCUUUCUUUUUAUUGAGUGUUCCGAAGAAUGAAGCGGAGCAAAAUCAAACGCUUUUGUGAAAUGCCCCCGCUGUUACUGACCACAACAAGGAUUGUAAUUGCUGCAUAUUGGGGGCGGAUAUCUGACUUUGUUUGAGUCAGAAAAUGCGGGAAUCUAUUGAUGUUGUGUUUCCCUCCUCAAACCCCAUGUGGUUUGGCGUGUUUUGUCUGUGUGAAAAGAGACAAUUGCUCAGACUGGAUUUUUAGGUCUCAGAGAUAUAGUAUGACUGUAAGAAGGAACUGCACAGCCCCAAACUAUACAAGUAUGAACUAUAUACUUCACCCUAAUAAAUGGGACAUUUAAAAAAGGACUAUUUUAUUAUACUUCUGUAACUAUAUUGACUUUUUGAAAGAUUUUCUUCCUCUUUGGUGAGUUGCAGCACAUUUUGUUUGCUGAAGUGUCCCUUCAAUGAAAAAAGAAAAAAGAAAAAAAAAACAUUUUGAACAAUUACCAUGAAGGAAUUGUUGAUCGUAUGCUUUCAGGCAUAGCUGUUAUUUUUUUCUUUCUUUCAUUUUACUGUAAUAACAGUUGUAAAAAGAGGGAGAAAAAAACUAAUACAAGAAUUAUGAGAUAUUUCUAUGUAAUUGUACAGAUAACUAGCAUUGCACAUAAUAGUAUGCUUUUUUUGUUCCGAGCAAACCCUUUGUCUCUGUAAAUGUAGUGGUUAGGAGCAAUUUUGUUCUGUUGUACUGGCCUUUCUGGGUUUCUGGUAACAGUCUGAACAGUCUGGUUUAUUUUCCUCUUAUCACUUUCCAGAAAUAAUCAUCUAAAUAGAAAACAGAAUAACACAAAAAGGUAUCCCUCAGAGCGGUUCAUUGUGCAUUCUGCAUCUCUAUUGGCAUUCAGAAAACGCUUGUGCUUCUCAGAAAGAGAACAAAUUUAACAUUGAUGAGCACUAGGCACUUGUACAAAAAAGAAAGAUGGCUGUUUUACUUAUUAAAGAAAGAGGUUUUGGAGUGAGAAAAACUGGGAGUGUUUUUCUUUUUCUUCCUCGCGGGGAAAGUAUAUUUAUUUAUUUGUUCAAAUGAAAAGUAAUAAAUGGAGGAUGGAGGUAACUCUAGCGGCGCACACACGUUUUUAUUAUCGGCUAUGAUAAUGGUUUCUUAUUUAUUCCAUUUUGUAUUGGUUUCCAAGUUGGAUGACCUCAUAACUAAUAUUUGUUGUAACAGUGAAACUUGUUUACCAACAAAUAAAUUACAGAUUUAAGAUUCAUCACUUAGCUAAGGGAAAAAGUUCUGGUGUUUUGUCUGGGUCUUGGAACACUCUUUUUUUUUACGGAUAACAGUUAAGGACCUACAAACGAUGGAACAAUCAGUUUAUUUAAUUUGUAAAGAUUAUCAGUUAAUAUCCCUCAUUAGCCCUCUGUCCAUGUCAGUGCCGAAUAAAUUUGGCCCAGCAACAGUGGGUGUGCUCUGUAUGCUCUGGUCUGCUUUACAAUAGAAGCAGUGAUUUCAUAAGCUGUAAUAAAUAUUUAAAUAUCA